GGUACGUCAACCUCCAGGAAAGGGAGAAGUCUGAGGGCAGCAUCCUCCUCAGCAAGGUUUGUUCGAGGUGUCUGUCCGUCUUAUGUCUGCUCCGGAAGCGGUGCCUGUGAAGAAUGACGUCGAGAGGUGCUGGGACUGCUUUCUCGAGGAAGAACUACAGGCUGAGCACCGAGCCAGAGAAGUCCAAGGUCACAGGAAUUGUGAACAGCAGGCUGCUGAAUGACUACCUGCAUCGUGUCUUUACCAGUGCUGAUGGGAACCAGCCUGCAGCUGCUUACAGAAAGCACCUGACGUUCCAGAACCUGCAGGAGCACCUUGACCGGCUGCUGGCAGAGGAGAAUGGCUCUGAAGACGCUCAAGAUCAGGUAGCAGAGGGCCGGCUUGGUCCAUCUACUGUGGUGUUGGACCACACAAGCGGAUUUGAGGGGCUCCUGCUGGUCGAUGAUGACUUACUUGGGGUGAUUGGCCACAGUAACUUCGGGUCCAUCAGGGCCACGACGUGCGUGUAUAAAGGGAAAUGGAUUUACGAGGUGCUCAUCUCCUCCCAGGGACUCAUGCAGAUUGGCUGGUGUACUCUCAACUGCAGAUUUAACCAGGAGGAAGGAGUUGGAGAUACACCAGAUUCCUAUGCCUAUGAUGGAAACAGGGUGCGCAAGUGGAACGUGACUACGACCAACUACGGCAAAUCGUGGGCAGCAGGAGACAUCGUCAGCUGUCUGAUAGACCUUGAUGAGGGCACCAUUGCUUUCUGCCUGAACGGCAUCUCUCUGGGAACUGCUUUUGAUAACAUCACGAGGGGCGCUGGAAUGGCUUACUUCCCUGCCAUCAGCCUCUCGUUCAAAGAGUCUGUUGCUUUUAACUUCGGGAGCCGUCCACUCCGUUAUCCAGUGGAAGGCUACCGCCCCUUGCAAGAUCCUCCCGCUGCAGACCUGGUGAAGGCUCGCAAGCUGUUGGGCUACUUGAAGAAUGUGAUCCAUGUUGGAAUAGAUGUGACGGAGGGGAAGCUGGUGGAGAAGGACACGUCCGUGUGGCAGCUGCAGGGAGAACCCACAGUGCUGAUUACGUUAGCCCACAUCUUCAAUUAUUUCUCUCCUCUCAUGUGCAAGGUGUACCUGGUGGAAGAUGUGCUCAUGACCUUCCUGUUGAGCAUCCUUGAGCGAGGAGGGGCAGUGGAGGCCCAUCCCCUUAUUCAGCAGCUGCUGGAUCUCAUGUGGCUUCUCAUGGAGGAGUAUGAAGUACAUGAGUGCCUCAAGCAGCUACUGAUGUCCUUGCUGCGGGCUUACAGGUUCUCCCCUAUCAUCCCAGACCUGGGUUUGCAAAUUCACUACCUCCGGCUCACCAUUGCAGUCUUGAAGCAUGAGAAAUCCAGGAAAUACCUACUCAGCAAUGUUCUCUUCGACGUGCUCCGUUCUGUUGUGUUCUUCUACAUUAAGAGCCCACUGCGUGUGGAGGAGGCUGGGCUGCAGGAGCUCAUUCCCACCACGUGGUGGCCGAACCGCUUCACCAAGGAGGGCAAGGAGAGCAAGGAGGUGAAGGAGGAGAGUGCUGAGGAGAGACUGAGGCGGCGGGCAUAUGAAAGAGGCUGCCAGCGGCUGAAGAAACGCAUUGAAGUGGUGGAAGGUCUCCAGGUUCAGAUUCUGAAGCUGCUGCUGAACAACAAGGACAGAGGAGGGGGGGAAGCCUCCAGAUACAUCUUCCUAAACAAAUUCCGCAAGUUUCUUCAGGAGAACACUAGCAACAGAGGGAACUUGACUGUGUUGUGCCCACCAGAGUACAUGGUGUGCUUCCUGCACCGGCUCAUCGCUGCCCUGCGUUUCUUCUGGGAUGGCCACAAGGCGAAGAACCCUGCUGCACUUAGCAGUGAAGAGGCAUAUGUCCCUCCUCAGCUCUUCUACAACGGGAAGGUGGAUUAUUUUGACCUUCAGCGACUCGGAGGUCUCUUGUCUCAUCUUAAGAAGACUCUGAAAGAUGACUUGGCUGCAAAAGCCAAUGUCGUGAUCGACCCUGCGGAGCUGCAGGCUGUGACUAUGGACGACCUCGAUGAAGAUGAGGAAUCGGCAACAUCAGCAGCACAGUCUCAGCGUCCCUCUGCUGCCCUGGCCAUUGGUGGAGCUCUCGCUAGACCUGGCUGGCUCAGCUCCCCCACUUUGGGCCGUGCCAAUCGCUUCCUCAGCACGGCGGCCGUCAGCCUGAUGAACCCGCGUCGGCCUCUUGGCGCCCUGGAGAAGAUCAAAGUGCGCACACUAAGCGUGGAGCAGCGGACAGAGGAGGACAUUGAAGGCAGCCAUGGAAAUGAAGGCCUCUUACUGGGCAGACCCCCAGAGGAGCCAGACCAGCCCAUCACAGAGAACUCCCUCCUGGAAGUCCUGGAUGGGAUAGUGAUGAUGUACAACCUCAGUGUCCACCAGCAGCUUGGGAAGAUGGUUGGUGUGUCAGAUGAUGUGAAUGAAUAUGCCAUGGCACUGAAGGACACAGAGGAAAAAAUCAGCCGCUGCCCAAAGAGGAGGAGAGACAUCCACGAGGAGCUGCUGAAGAGCCAAAAGGUCUUCUCUGAGAAGCUCAAUCACCUAAGCCGACGCCUCGCCUGGAUAAAUGUCACCAUUUAUUCAAAGGAGAAGAUGCAGGACAUAUACUGGCUGCUGCGAGUGUGCAUCCGCACCAUCGAGCACGGCGACAGGACGGGCUCGCUUUUCGCUUUCAUGCCCGAGUUCUACCUCAGCGUGGCUAUGAACAGCUACAGCGCACUCAAGAACUACUUCAGCCCCGUCAACAGCAUGGAGGAGCUUCCAGGCUACGAGGAGACUCUGAUGCGCCUCGCUGCCAUCCUGGCCAAGCAUUUUGCUGACUCGAGGAUUGUGGGCACGGACAUCCGGGACUCCCUGAUGCAGGCGUUGGCCAGCUACGUCUGCUACCCCCACUCGCUGCGUGCUGUAGAGAGGAUCCCAGAAGAGCAGCGGAUCUCCAUGAUGAAGAACCUCCUGGCUCCCUAUGAGCAGCGACCCUGGGCACAGACCAACUGGAUCCUCGUCAGGCUGUGGCGGGGCUGUGGCUUUGGGUACAGAUACACACGGCUUCCACACUUGCUGAAAACCAAACCUGAGGAUGCCAGCCUCCCCAGCCUGCAGAAGCCGUGUCCCUCCACCCUGCUGCAGCGGCACAUGGCAGACCUGCUCCGCAGCGACCGCGACCUGGCCCCCAGCUUCCUCAACAGCGUCCUCAACCAGCUGAACUGGGCUUUCUCCGAGUUCAUUGGCAUGAUUCAGGAGAUCCAGCAGGCAGCAGAGCGCUUGGAGAGGAACUUUGUGGACAGCCGCCAGCUGAAGGUGUGCGCCACGUGCUUUGACCUGUCGGUGAGCUUGCUCAGGGUGCUGGAAAUGACCGUCACGCUCGCGCCAGAGAUCUUUCUGGACUGGAAUCGCCCGUCGUCAGAGCUGCUGCUUCGGAGGCUCGCCCAGCUCUUGAACCAGGUGCUAAACCGUGUGACAGCUGAAAGAAAUCUGUUUGACAGAGUGGUCAACCUCCGUCUGCCAGGGCUGGAGAGCGUGGACCAUUACCCCAUCCUCGUGGCCGUGACGGGGAUACUGGUCCGGCUGCUUGUGGACACCGAUGUGCAGGGGUGA